GUGACGGGUGUCAAGCGUCAGCAUGACUCCUUUGGCGGUAGACUACCAAAAUCCGCGUAUUAAUACAAUGAGAUCGAAGAGGAAGCUACUACGGAGGAAAAUAGAAAACGCCUUCACUCGAGAAUGAUACUCCGCAAUACAGCGCAGUUCGUAUAGUUGUAUCAUUUUUGGGUUCUCUUAUGUACACCAGAGUUAACUCUAUUCCACACAUGAGAGUCUUCAGCUGUGAUUUCUCACUCUUCCAGCCCGCACUAAUCAUUCGCGGCAAUCAUUUCUUUUGUUAUCAUGUGGAACAUGACGGAUAUAAUAAUGACCUAUAUCUCACCAUAAUCAACAGAAACACUACAAGCAAUAGCUCAUAAAUUCAAAUGACAUCAAUUUGAUAAAUACUAAUCUAUACGUAUUUCGUCAAGAUCAAGUAUGAGAUUGAAAAGGAAUCCAAAACACAUCAUUAAACAAUUGUUCCCUCGAAAGCUGAAAGUUGCCUUUCAGUCGAUCAUCCAUAAGUUCCAGGAGAGAUACGCGUGUUAUUAUUCGAUAAAGGUUUUCAGUAUCUCUGCACUCGAAAAAAUGCAUAUCAUGAGCAUAGUGACUACAGUUUGUAGUAUAGCUUCUUACUCCCUAUUGGGAUUUUUUCUCUUUAAACUUUAUAAAGGUUAGCUAGGGAAAGUAAAUAAGCUGUAUCGAUAUGAAAUGGCCAGUGUUCUAGUUUAGGUGCUCAAACAUGUAAAGUCUUUGGUGUUGCAUGCUCAAAUCUGAACGUAGUGUAAGAGCCAACGAUAAGAGUGAGUGUUUGAUACAAUACCUCUAAAGAUUUGAUCAAAAUUUUUCCCAUGGAGGUUUGCACUAAGGACUCUCAACGAGGCAACGAAAUUAAGCACCCGUUUAAGAAAAUCUCGUUUUUCAAUGAGGCGUACUUUAUCACAGCAAUUACAUUUUUUUGUUAUUGCAUCAAAGAAUCUGCUUCGGAAGUCAAAUUAGAUUCAUUGAAAAUUAAACAUGCUUUAAAUGAGAGUGGUAUCGUUCCCGAUGUCAUUGAUGUAUUCCCUAAAAAUGCGCUCCAGAUUGAAUAUUAUAACAAAGGUUAUAACAAAGAGGUGGCCUUUGGUAAUUAUUUGUCACGCUGGAAUACGUUUGAAGAACCGGUGAAUGUAUCCUACCCGACGGAACCAAAUGCCUAUUAUGCCUUAAUUAUGACAGACCCGGAUUGUCCUUCGAGAGAAAAGCCAACUCACCGAGAAUGGCAGCAUUGGAUUCUUGUUAAUAUUCCCGGGGCGAACUGGACUCAAGGAUUUCGCCUGACGGAAUACAUUGGAAUUCUACGUGAAUACGAAUUUGCUGUUCACCGUUAUGUCUUCCUUCUAUACAAACAACCUGGGAAAUUGAAAUUUACAGAAAGAAUAUUGGACAUUCGGCCCGUCGAAGAGUGGCGGUGUAAAUUUUCCACUAGGAAUUUCGCAAAAAAGUACAAAUUUGGUGACCCCGUUGCCGUCAAUUUUUUCAUGUCGGACCUCGGAGGGAGCUAGUUCUUGAAAGCACCAACGCUGGUGUAACGCCAUUCCGGUGGUUGAUCACAGAGAGGAAGUCUAUUAAAUGGUGGGGCAAGAGGGCGGCCAACCCGUUAUUGACAAGUUCAACCCUCAGGUGGACAUAUGAAAUACUAACUACGUACUGACUACGAUACUACAAAAAUAAAACCAAAUCUAAAACAUAUUUUAACUCUAUUUUAGUGUAAGUUGGGUGUAAUGUGCUCCCAUAAUGUUAGAUUUUGCGGAUCACCAUUGCGGUUUUCUCAAUGAUUGGAUCCGUAAAACCCAUGUUCCCUAAAGCUCUCUCCACUUGUUUUUCCGAGAGUGCCAGAAUCAAAGGCAUAUGUAUCUUCUUAAAUGAAAUAACAAAAAAAAACAGCGUGGCUUGAGCAAAACUCGUCAUUUGAAAGUUUUUCCUCCGCCAAAAAGCCGAGAAUUCUCGCAACUGAUGUACUGUUCGUUUUCAUUAAUAUGGCAAGGCAUACUUGAUUAUGGUAAAUCUCAAUUUGGCCAUCAAAUGCAGUGAAGAAACUAUUCGUCAUGCGUUGCUUAUUCACUUAAAGUUGUUGAAAUGCUUCUGAAGUUUUCUAAUUUAAUAAAUGACAAACAGACAUUUUUUCUGAUCAUCUAAGAGCUAACACCUCCUUAAUUCAUCAGAGCAAAUUCCUCUUGUAGACUUUUUAGUGAUCAUUAUUUUCUUCGUUUUUCUUUCAUAUACGAAUACACUCCACCAACAGGUGGCGGAAAAUUUAAAAAACGUCCCUUUAAUGAAAUUACUGAAUUUAUUCUUGCUUCAUCCUUGUGUAAAAUAAGUUGACCUUUUAUUUUCCUUCUGUGGAGUCCCAUGAGAUGUUUUGUUCGAGUUGGUCAUAAUAUUAGCAUAAAAAAAUUUAAUUUUAACUUUUAAUUUUCAAAUUUCAAUAAACAACUUUUGAUUUUCAA